AGUGCGUGUGCGAAUUGCGGUCAAGAAAAAAGAUUUAAAAUGUCUAUAUUCCUCUUAAAACAAUGACGGAUGAAUGAGGAAAACGCUGUUUUGAGCAAUUGUAAAUUUAUUUUUUCUCAAUUAAGCAAAAGUACAAAAUUUUCAACUAUUAUUACAUUUGCUGUCACAAAACCCAUCACUUUUAAGCAUGACGUCAUGUCAGCCAAACUUACUAGCGCCAUCUCUGGAGAGCAUCUUUCGAAACCUCCAGACGAUAGAGAGAGCCUUCUUUUCCCUCUGCAAUAAGCGCGGGUGCGGGAGAUGUCUCAGCCAGAAUUUGAGCUGAACGUCGACAGUCUCAUAUCGAGACUUCUGGAAGUGAGAGGAUGUCGGCCCGGGAAGUCUGUCCAAAUGUCCGAGAUGGAGGUGCGUGGUCUCUGUCUCAAGUCCCGAGAAAUCUUCCUUCAGCAGCCGAUUCUUCUCGAGCUGGAAGCUCCGCUGAAGAUAUGUGGCGACAUCCACGGCCAGUACACGGACCUCCUGCGACUGUUUGAGUACGGCGGCUUCCCACCGGAGGCCAACUACCUCUUCCUGGGAGACUACGUCGACCGAGGGAAGCAGUCGCUAGAAACCAUCUGCCUCCUGCUGGCCUACAAGAUCAAAUACCCCGAGAACUUCUUCCUUCUGCGCGGAAACCACGAGUGCGCCAGCAUCAACAGAAUAUACGGCUUCUACGAUGAAUGCAAGCGGCGAUACAACAUCAAGCUGUGGAAGACGUUCACCGACUGUUUCAACUGUCUGCCGAUCGCGGCCAUCAUCGACGAGAAGAUCUUCUGCUGCCACGGCGGCCUGUCUCCCGACCUGCAGACCAUGGAGCAGAUCCGGCGCAUUAUGAGGCCCACCGACGUACCCGACACAGGCCUACUGUGCGACCUGCUGUGGUCAGACCCCGACAAGGACGUCCAGGGCUGGGGCGAAAACGACAGAGGCGUCUCCUUCACUUUCGGCGCAGACGUGGUCUCCAAGUUCCUGAACCGACACGACCUGGAUCUCAUCUGUCGCGCCCACCAGGUGGUGGAGGACGGGUACGAGUUUUUCGCCAAGCGACAGCUGGUGACGCUCUUCUCGGCGCCCAACUACUGCGGCGAGUUCGACAACGCCGGCGGCAUGAUGUCCGUCGACGAGACGCUCAUGUGCUCCUUCCAGAUUCUGAAGCCGUCUGAAAAGAAGACGCUGUACCAGUACGCUGGAAUGGCGAACGCCACUCCUCCGAAGCAGGCCCCGAAGCGAAAAUAGUGCAGGACGUGGCGGCAGCUGCGCGGUGGCGCUGUGUCUGCCCACCGUGGACAGCCCCUGCCGUGGACGUACCAACGGUAAGGGCGGCCGCUGAGCACCGGCUGCAGAGGUGACGACACCGCUCACAGAACUGCGCGCGCAGAGGAGGAACCGUUUGACAGCGUGCUGUGGAAGGCACGCGGGCGCGCAGCCAUUGCAGUGGAACUGGCCAGCGGGUGUUUCGACCGUGACCCCGCGUGCGUGCGUGUUUGCUGGCGUUAUUUUGAUUGGCUUCUUGCUUGAGUCCAGGCGCAAUCAGAGCGCGUUCAGAGAUUUAUUAGCAUCAUCAUCACUAGCGGAAGGAGACGGCGGGGCGAGCGAGUGCUCGGCCGAUCGCUUCCGCCGCUGCUUGGGUCGCCGGCCCAACGUCAUGAUCAUCAGAGCUUUAGCAGGACGCCCAGUCAAGGACUCGUCGGAUGUGGCCAAGUUGCGCGGGGCGGGGGCGGGGUGGUCUCGCCUCCGUCCUGGCGAUUGCUGCCGACUCGGGAUGGCAGUGCACGUCGAUUAUACCGUGUUCAAUCCUGACCUGUGCUGAGUGAACGGCAUGUGUGUGCCCGCGGCAUGCGAAUAAAUAUAUAUUAUGAA